AACAUACAUUCGAUUUGAGCAAAAUAAUAAAAAAAAAAUAGUUUGCUUUGUUUUGGUCAAUAAAUGUUUUUAUUAACUACAUUAAAAUAAAGCAAAUUAAUAAUUUACUUACUAUAAAACAUACAAAAAGUAAUUUACGUUAAUUAAAGUCAAAGAAAUAGUUUUCUAAGUUCUACGCGUUUAAACAAAGAUCGUAAUUUACAAAAUCUCUGCCUGCACCACCCACCCGCAACAUUUUUCUUUGUGUGACUGAAAUUAAAAAAAAAAAUAAAAAAAGACAGACUAAUCUUUUCACGUCAUGUCUCAAGUAGAUUACAAAUACAUCUGGUCCAUAGAACCGGCGCCAACUGCGGCGUUACGCUCCACUUCCUCCCCACCACCUCAGAUAACAAACGUAUUAAGUUCAUUAAAAAAUACCAGAGAAGCAUACUUGGAAGCAGUGCGCAUUUUGCUGGUUCUCUUAGAUAAUGUCCUGAAAUACCCCAACGAGUUGAAAUAUCGUUCAAUACGCAUCGAAAAUAAAUCUAUUAAAGAAAGGUUAUUAUCAUUGGAAGGUUGUAGCCAACUGUUGACUGCUAUUGGUUUCAAACGCAGUGCAAAUGAAUAUAUAUUACCUUUGGAAGCUUCUUUAGAUGUACUACGGUCAUAUCGUGAUGCUUUAGUUAAACGUCGAGAUUAUUGGUUGAAUCAAAAGCAAGCAAUUAUUACAGAAGUUGACUCUAGACCUAUGGCUCCAACACCAAAGACGUCUGCAAUGAAGACCAUUGAAGCAACUAGACCAUAUAAACAGCGAAUCACGUUUCCACGAGUAUUGCGAAACACAAAUAGUUUUCUACAGUCAUUGGAGUUAUUUUCUGAUGCGGUUAUGCAAUAUGAAGAUGAAAAACUCUUAGCUGCCGGACGUGAUAUUAUACCCAUCGACGACUUAACACAAAAAGCCGCCGAAAAACUGAUGGCCAUGCAAGAAGAUCAAGCUAACAGCGAUCAAACAUCUGCAACGCCAGUCAAAGAAUUUUGUAUACGUGAUUUAAUAUUAGUGGAAUUAGUUAAUUGGUUUAAUACGGAAUUUUUCGAAUGGAUUAAUAAUAUACCGUGUAAGGUUUGUGGCAGUGAGGAAAGUAAGCUGAAACGUACCCAAACUGAAGGCGACUGUCGUGUUGAAGUUGGUGUAUGUUGCGGCCAGGAGACAAAAUUCUAUCGUUACAACGAUAUAGCCCAACUAUUGGUGUCGCGCAAAGGUCGUUGUGGAGAAUAUGCCAAUUGUUUUACCUUUCUAUGCCGCUGUUUGGACUUUGAGGCGCGAAUUGUACAUUCUUUAUUUGAUCACGUUUGGACAGAGGUAUAUUCCGAAUCACAACUACGUUGGUUACAUGUUGAUCCAUCCGAUAAUGUGGUCGAUUCACCCUUAAUGUAUCAACAUGGCUGGAAACGUAAUAUUGAUUAUGUAUUUGCCUAUUCCUGUGAUGAUAUACAAGAUGUUACUUGGCGGUAUUGCAACAAUCAUAAGGAUACUUUGUUAAAAAGACGUUUCUGUACUGAAAAUGAAUUGAUUGAAUCGCUAAUUACAAUACGCAAAAAAAGACAAAUGCAUUUAAGUGAUGAGCGCAAAAAGAUUUUGAGUCAACGUUGUAUGCUGGAGCUGAUUGAGUUAACUGUAGAACGUCCACCAACGGAAAACGAAUUGAAAGGACGUAGUUCUGGUAGUCUCACAUGGCGACAAUCGCGUGGUGAACAUACCUUUACUAAUAUAUUUAUUUUUACUUUAACUGAGGAGGAGAUUGAUAAGAAACAAUUCAAUGUACGCUACUCUUGUGCCGCCGAUAGAUAUGAACGUUAUAUAAAGGAUGCUUCGGGUUUAUGUACUCCAUUUUCCACUCACAAAACUUGGCAGAGUUGUCAAUUCUCUUCAGAAAAUAUUCUACGUAAAGUUGAACGUGACUGGAAAAUGGUUUAUUUGGCACGACAGGAGGACAGUGACUAUGCAGAGAUUGUGUGGAAAUUUAAUUUUUCCAAGAGUAAUCUUAAAGUUAAAACGUAUAAAUUAAAUUUAGAAAAGAAAACAUUUGGUGAGGCCCGAAUUGAAGUGCUAUUAAGAGAUAGUAGAAAUAGUAAUACAAUUAUUAAUACAUUAGAAAAUUGUCAGGAAUUUGAAAUAUGUGCCAAAUUGUCGGGAGGUAAAGGUGAUGUUGCUUGGCAACAUACACAACUGUUUCGACAGUCAUUAAAUUCCAGCGAAUAUCCAUUCGAUUUGCAAAUUGAACUGGUGUAAAAACAUUUAUGAAAAUAAUUAAGGUAUUCACAAUAAAUAUUCCACACACUUUUAAUUUUUCCAAAUUUCAAAUAUUUUACGGUGUCGUGCUGAUAAUAACUUGUAUUUAGUAUAUAAAUACAUACAGAUAUAAGUGAA